AUGUAUUCUUAAAUUGAUUUACUUAUCGCAAAUACUUAAAGUCUCAAAUACUAUACUCUUUAAGAUUUUUCAUUAAUACUCCAAAAACUGAAUGAAAUUUAUGAAAAGGAUAUUAUAAAAUUUGCUGCAACUUUGAAGAAAAAUGAAAGAAAAGCAUAUUUAGAGCUAUUAGAUAUUUAAGCCGAUGAAGGAGAUCGUAUUUCAUUUAAUUUCUCAGCUCAAAUGCGAUCAACACAAAUGAGCCUUAAAACUUUAAAUACAAACAAAAACAACAAAACGGACAAUAAUUACUAUAGUAUCAAUAAUGCUGAUCUAAGUCCCAAUUCUAGUAAGAGGGGUAGGACUGAGCUAUUUGACUUUGAUAAAGCAGAAUAAAAUAAAAAUUUAACAAAGAUGCUUCUCAAUGAUAACUACACCAAAUAAUAUCCAUCUUGUGAAAUCUAUGACGCUUAAUUAGAAGAAAAAUAAUUCAACUCCUUUGAUUUAUCCUAAAAUGCUGUUGAGACAUAUCAAGAAGUUGCUAUUGAAGAUCUUUGUAUCCCAAUAAGAGAGUAAUAGGAUGGUAAAUAAUUCAUUCUUUCAACUUUAGAAAUAUGA